GACGGUUCGAAAAUUCAGAAAGUGCUCUGGAAACGUUCAAGAAAAAUUUUUUCCUUGCCACUAUGCUGUUUUAAUUGAAAACUAUUUUUGCAAUAAAUUUUAAUUUAAUUUUUAAUUGCAAACAAUUGACAAAAUCAAUUCCUUGUUUACUCUUUUGCGUGUGUGUAUGUGUGUGUGCGCGUCUGUAUAUGAUUAAUUGCUGCAACCGCAAUGGCAGGAGGCAAAUUUUUGCCACCAUUUCGAAUACUCAACAAUAAUUGGAAAUAUUUUUCACAAAUGUUUCAACAUCAUGGAACGUUUCUUCUACUCAUCUUGGCUAUUGCAACUGUUCGGAUAACUAAAGCAGAAUCCUAUGUCGAUUUGAUUAAGGAAUUCGGACUUCCCGAUUUACCGCCGGGCAUUCAAGCUGUAUCGGGUAUGUGUGGCGAUGAGAGGAAUUCCUAUCAGGUGCAUAAAUCACCUGCCUAUGCGAUUACCAAAGAUGCCAUACUGACCGUUCAAACUUCGGUCAUUUUCCCCCAAGGGUUUCCCACCGAUUUUUCCAUAGUCUUGGGAAUACGUAACGAACGAUCGAAUCAAACGAAGGCCCCCAUAUUUACCAUUUAUUCCGAUGAAAGCGAGGAGGUUCUCUCCCUUAGUAUUGGUCCCGAGAUCCACUUUAGCUACGAACAAAUUGAUGCUGGAUUUAAUCAACAUAACGAAAUUAAUUUUGGCAUUGGCAUUAACGAUCAAAAAUGGCAUCGUUUGGGUUUGAGCGUUAAGGGAACAUCGGCUACUCUGAAUUUGGAUUGCUCGAAACAGGUGACGCGACGAGUUGAACGUUCAUUGGGAAGUUCGAUUGCAACCAAUGGUUUGAUACUGACCGGAGUGCAGAUGAGCAACGAUGAUGGUUUCUUUAAAGGCGAUGUUCAAAUGAUGUCCAUUUGGGAUACACCGGCGGCAGGAUACGAAGUUUGUACCAAAUAUAUGCCCGACUGUUACGAUGACUUUGAUGAGUUUGGCCUAGGCGAUUUUGGCAAUGGUGGUAUGAUUUCUGGAGGUGGUGUGACUGUAUCCAGUUCCGGCGGUGGUUUUACCACCUCUUCAAGUUCGAGUGGUGGAAGUGUUGUGAUUUCGAGCACUAGUAGUGGUGGAAGUUUUCACAGUUCCGCCGGGGGCAUGGGUGGUGGAAGCAUUCACAGUUCCAGGGGUAUGGGUGGUGGAAGCAUACAUACUUCUGGUAGUAUGGGUGAAAGCAUACACACUUCUGGUGGCAGGGGUGGUGGAAGCAUUCACACUUCUGGCGGCAGAGGUGGUAGUAACAUGCACAUAUCUGGUGGUGCUGUGGAUAUUCACAGCUCUGGAAGUUCUGGAGGAAGUCAUGGCUCCGGAACUAUGGUUGUUGGAGGAGGAGGAGGAUCUAUUACAAGUACCACUAUCAUUGAGGGAGGCCAUAUCUCGGGAGGCAAAAUUAUGGGAGGAGGAAACAUUUCCAUGGGGGGUGGUCAAACCUCCGCUGGCAUGGGUAUGGGAGGUAGACAUACCUCUGGUUCAAUGGGCGGCGGCAGUAUCCACAUUUCUGGUACUGGUACUGGCAAUGGUGCAACAUCCUCUGGCCUUGAUAUCGAUGGAGAAUUGAUAGACAUCGAUUUGGAAAAUCAAAUCGAUUCCAGCGAGCUGAUCAGCUCUGAAAAGGAACCAGAAAUCCAUUCCGAAGAACUGGGUGCAGAACAAAUAUACCCGAAUGAUGGAACAACAACAAAGAAACCGAAAAAGAAAAACAAAACGAUAAAAAAUUCGAAAGAAGGCAGCACUCCCGAUCUGUCCGGAUCCAUUGACAUUGAUUUAGAGGGCUCUGAAGAAGUGAACCGCGAUAAUGAAACGUCGGUGGGAACUAGGCCAAUGACAGAAUCUGGAGGACAGCCUUGUUAUCCAGGCCCUAGAGGUUAUACAGGAGUUCCAGGGCCUCCUGGUGAUAGGGGAGCUAAAGGAGAACCUGGUAGAGAUGGUUUACCGGGUACAGAUGGUAUACAGGGACCUCCCGGACAUGUUUUUGUUAUACCCACUUCCACUGGUGGAGGUAAUGAAAAGGGACCAGAUACUCAGGCGGAUGCCAUACGGCAAAUGAUAGCUCAACAUAUGAUGGCUCUUCGUGGUCCUGAAGGUCCCAUGGGUUUGACUGGCACUGCUGGGCCUCCUGGUCUCACCGGACCCCAAGGUCAAAAAGGCGAACCCGGUGAUGCAGGUGAACCAGGUUUGAGAGGCCUGCGUGGUCCCACUGGGCCCCAGGGUAGAGAAGGUCGUAGGGGUCGCUCUGGCCGCGAUGGAGAACGUGGCCCGCAAGGUUCACAAGGAUCCAAGGGAGAAGUGGGACCUAUGGGCCCCAUGGGAAUACCAGGAGAGAAAGGUCAUCGUGGUGUUCCCGGUCAGAGAGGCGAAAAAGGACAGCAAGGUGUCGAGGGACAUCCAGGUGAGGAUGGUCCUCCCGGUCUGCCAGGUUUACCAGGUGAAUUGGGCCCUCGUGGUUUUCCUGGUCCCCGCGGCUUCCCCGGGCCCACUGGCAAUCCGGGUCCUCAAGGCAAUGAAGGUCAAAAUGGACCCAAAGGAAAUGUAGGUCCCACUGGUCAACCAGGCUCUCCCGGACAGCCAGGGCCUGCUGGCCCUCCUGGUUCUCCAGGACCACAAGGCAAAACUGGUCCUUCGGGUAUUCCCGGGCCCAGUGGAAAACCCGGCCUACCCGGUCUGCCGGGAGCUGAUGGAGCCCCAGGUGUGGCUGGCACACCUGGUUUGACAGGACCAAAAGGAGAUCAAGGUAUGCAGGGAGCACAAGGUCCAGUAGGUUUUCCUGGCUCAAGAGGUACCAAGGGUGAUGAUGGCCCUCGUGGACCCACAGGUGAUAAAGGUGAUGCUGGCGAUCGUGGCAUGGAUGGUGAAAAGGGUGAUAUGGGUCCCCCUGGGGAGAGAGGUCAGGCUGGAGCAGCUGGUUCUCCCGGUCCAGAGGGCCCAGAAGGUCCCAAAGGUUUUGAGGGACCAAGAGGUGAAACUGGACCUCCAGGUCCCACUGGUGAAAAAGGCAAACAAGGACCACAAGGUUUCCAGGGAUAUCCAGGACCUUCGGGGGACAAAGGUGAUAAAGGAGCAACAGGAACAACCGGUCCAGCUGGCAUGAAAGGAGAACGAGGACCGCAAGGUCCCAGCGGUGAGCGGGGAGAGAUGGGUCCUAGAGGUUUUAGAGGCUCUCGUGGAAGAAGAGGCAGUGAUGGAAAUCCAGGUCCCAAAGGUGAUUCGGGACAACCAGGUCCUCCAGGGCCUCAAGGAGAAAAUGGGCCUCAAGGUGCAGAAGGUCCCAGAGGUUUUAUAGGCAUGCCUGGCAGUCCCGGUGCAGAUGGAAAGCCAGGUCCAGCAGGGCCUCCAGGCGAGAGAGGGCAACCGGGUGAACCUGGAAAACCCGGCCCCAUGGGUGAAGCAGGUGUCAUUGGUCCCCGAGGUGCUCCUGGCGAAAUGGGUCCCAUAGGUGAACCUGGCAUUCCUGGUUUGCCUGGACAACCAGGUGAGGCUGGCUUACCUGGAGAGUCGGGAAAAGAAGGACCUCCAGGUCCACCCGGUCCCAUGGGCAAUCAAGGACCUCAAGGUGCAACUGGUCUGCCAGGUUUCCCUGGCGAGAGAGGACAUCAAGGUCAACCUGGUCUACCGGGUUUAAAAGGUGAACAAGGCGUUAUGGGUGCUCCCGGCAUAAGAGGUGACAAAGGCCAGCCAGGUAGCCCUGGUCAAUUGGGACCGACUGGUCCACCUGGAAAUUCAGGUCCACCAGGCAAUCCUGGAGCUCCAGGUGCUAAGGGUGAGAUCGGCGAAAGAGGUCCCAUGGGACCACAUGGUAGAGAUGGCACACCCGGUCUGAGAGGAUUGCCAGGACCACCAGGUCCUCAGGGUACGCCUGGCGAAGAUGGCGAUAAGGGAGAUGCAGGCAUUCCAGGUGAAAAAGGUUUGAAAGGCAAUCAAGGAGAACAGGGUCCUGCCGGUUCAGCUGGUCCCCAGGGUCCCAGAGGAGAAUCUGGAACACCUGGUACGCCAGGAGAAAAAGGUCCUCCAGGCGAACAAGGUCACAGAGGCAUAAAAGGCGAAGAUGGUAAACAGGGCAUACAAGGAGCCCCCGGUAAACCAGGUCUGCAAGGCUUACCUGGUCCUGCUGGUGUCAAAGGAGAACGCGGUGAUGAUGGAUUAAUGGGACCAGUGGGACCACCUGGUCCACCUGGAGAUCAAGGCAGAAGAGGACCAAAAGGAGCCCAUGGACAUCAAGGCAAACCUGGCCCCCGAGGCCCAGCAGGUUUAACAGGAGCUGAUGGGCCACAAGGUCCUCCCGGUCCGGUAGGACCAGUGGGCAAACCAGGCGAAAAGGGUUCUUUUGGACCCAAAGGUGAAGAAGGAAAAUCUGGGCCAAUAGGAGCUCCUGGCAAGCCGGGAAUUCAGGGUUUAGAAGGACCCAAAGGAGACAUAGGCCCUAGAGGCUUUCCUGGUGCUAGGGGAGAACCUGGCCUUAUUGGCCCUAAGGGUGAUGUAGGCCCCGAAGGUGAAGAUGGAAAACCUGGAGAACAAGGACCUCCCGGUGAUCAAGGUCCCGAGGGUAGAAUUGGCGAGACAGGUCCACCAGGAAAACAAGGACCUGAGGGACCCGCAGGCAUGCAGGGACCAACCGGUCCACAAGGAGAGAAAGGAGAAAAAGGCGAUUUGGGCCUAAUUGGCCCCUUAGGCAUGUCAGGACCUCCAGGCCCUGCUGGUCUACAAGGCCCCACCGGACCAAGAGGUCCCCCAGGCACGGUGGGAGAAACUGGCUUACCUGGCCCCGCAGGAGUCGAAGGCAAAGAAGGAAAAAUGGGUUUGCCAGGACCAAUUGGUCCCAAAGGUGAUCGUGGUAGAAGAGGACCAAAGGGUCAUCGUGGCGAGUUGGGAAUGGUGGGUAUGAAAGGUGAGCAAGGCGAAAAAGGAGAUAAAGGACCGCGGGGUUCUCAGGGACCUGAAGGUCGCAAAGGCGAUCCAGGCCCAUUGGGUCCUGUGGGCGCAAAGGGAAAUGAUGGCCCUCCAGGCUUACCAGGAAUGCAUGGCCCCACCGGUCCCAAGGGAGUAGAAGGCCAUGCUGGCAAUAAGGGAGAAGUAGGUCCCCCAGGUCCUCCCGGUGCACCUGGUGCCCCAGCUGAAGCUCCCAUGAUACCGCCCGAUUUACUGUUCCAAAUGCAGCAGUACUCCUCCACUAAAGCAGAUACCAGGCGACGCAGAGAUGUUGAUAUGGCUGCCUUCGAUGAGGAGGAUGAUUUUAAUGACCUUAUGGGUCUGAUGUCAUCUUCUACGAGUCAAAAGUCCAACGAUGAUCGCAAAAAGAUUAAGCGUAAGAAGAAGAAGAACAAGCAGGAAUUGCCAGAAGCGUCGGAUAAAAUCAUUGACAUGUACAAUGCCAUCUAUACAAUGCGCCAGGAUAUGGAUCGCAUACGUAAACCCACCGGAACCCAAGACAAUCCAGGGCGCACAUGUCGCGAUCUACAUUAUGCCCAUCCACAGUUUGAGGAUGAUUGGUAUUGGAUAGAUCCCAAUGGCGGCAUGCCCGAUGAUGCCAUUCAUGUGUAUUGCAAUAUGACCAACAGUGGGGAGACUUGCAUAUAUCCCGAUGUGCAUACCUCUGAGUUGCCCCUGGUUUCAUGGAGGUAUGGAGGCGAAAAACAAUGGUUCUCCAAAAUGCAAGGUGGUUCAAAAAUUACCUACGACGGUGUGGGUGGGGUGCAGUUGACAUUCUUGAAAUUAUCUUCACAAGAGGCCACACAGAAUUUCACCUACUACUGUCGCAACUCAUUGGCUUGGUAUGAUCGCUCGAGGAACAGCUAUGAGAAGGCCUUGACAUUUUUGGGUGACAAUGAAAUGGAAAUAACAAAAGAUGGCGUUGCUGUCAAGCCUGAGGUGCUAAAGGAUGAAUGUGCGAACAUGUACUCGACGGGAUCCACCAUAUUGGUUAUUAACACCAAACGCCUCAAUUAUCUGCCCAUCAACGACUUCCUGCCUCUGGACUAUGCCAAAGAAGAUCAGGCAUUUGGCUUUAAAGUAGGCCCUGUGUGCUUCAAGUGAUAACGGAAUUGGAUUUCGGAAUUUUCUGCCUACAAAACGCCUUAAAGUCCUGCAUAGUUCACUGCCAUAUUGUUUCUGCCAUUUUAUGUUAUCAAAUAGUUUUUUUUUUAGUUUAAUUUAAGGAGUGUUGUUCGAUAAGUGUACCUUCUAAGCUGAGAGAGUCUUCUAUGUUUUAACGAAUAUGUUUUUUUUCUUUAGUUUGUAAUUAUAUAGAAAAGGAUAUAUAAAUAAAAUUAAAUUUGUUGUAAAUUUUUUAUAA